AUGGUGUCCUCUGUCAAUCAGCUACUGAUCGUCUCUACGUGGUCAGAGUGUCAGAGAUCAUAUGAUCCAUAUGCCUGUGUUAUCUACCUGUGGUCUGAGCAGCGUUUUUCUUCAUCAGGACGAGAAGAUGUUGAUGUAAGAAUGUUGGGAAAAGGAAGGCCUUUUGUUGUAGAAAUGGAUGAUCCACAUCGAGUUGAAUUAUCGGCAAAAGAUCUCAUGGAAAUACAGAAGGAAAUAAACAAGUCAGCUGAUAUUAAAGUCAGGGAUUUACAAAUUGUUGACAAAAAAGAUGUAGAUAAACUGAAGGAAGGUGAAAUAGAGAAAACAAAGACGUAUUCGGCCCUGUGCGGGUCUAAAGAAUCUCUCUCUGAUGAACAACUUAACAAGCUUCAGGAGGUCAAGGAUCUUGUCAUUUAUCAAAAGACUUCGAUUCGAGUCCCACACCGGCGCCCUCUGGCAACAAGGGAGAGAAUUGUGUACAGUAUGUCAAUGGAGAAAAUAGAUGACCUUCAUUUCACCUUGAGUCUCUCAACACAGGCCGGCACCUACAUCAAAGAGUUUGUUCACGGAGAUUUCGGUAGAACUACUCCAAACCUUGGAACCCUGACUGGAGUGGAGUGUGAUAUUCUGGAACUGGAUGUACAGAGUGUUGAGUUGGAUUGGCCUCCAAGCUUAGAAGAAAGCUGACAGAUUCCUGUAUCCUAGACUAAAUAAAAUUUAUACCCCAGUUCAA